CAUGGCUCCCCCACCGAAGAGGAGCAGGGCAGAGGCAGGAAGGAGGCGGUGGUGGCCGCGCACACCCCGCGCAGUCGCCCUCGGCGGGGCCAGGCCGAGCCGGUCCGGUCCGGUCCCCCCGCCCCGUUUCCCCGCGGGGCAGAGGCGGGGCCGUGGCCGUUGGGGCCGUUGGCAGUGCCCGGAGACGCCGCGGGACGGGCGCCCGGCGGCGGAGCGGCUAAUAACUCUGAGUAUUUGGGUCCUGAUUCUGCAUGUAGAACAGCGUCACCAGAAAUGCUGAUGCCAGUUGAGCUUCCAGCAGCAACUGGCCUUGUCAGUAGAAUUGGCACUUAUGCCUGGAGUAGCAGACUGCACUAAGCCCGCUGCAUAAUCAGACAUUCCCAUCUAUCCUCAUCUGCAGCUUCUGAGAGAAAACUUGCAUUAUCUCUUGUGUAGCUGCAAGUAUGACUUGACUGGGUUGCAUUCAUGGCUCUUGGAUGAUCUGGUGAACCAUGGAGCUCAAGGUGUGGGUUGAUGGAGUCCAGAGAAUUGUGUGUGGGGUCACCGAAGUCACGACAUGCCAGGAAGUUGUAAUAGCACUUGCUCAAGCUAUUGGGCGCACCGGGCGCUACGCGCUGAUCGAGAAGUGGCGGGACACCGAGCGGCACCUGGCGCCCCUCGAGAACCCCGUGGUGUCGCUCAACAAGUGGGGGCAGUACGCCAGCGACGUGCAGCUGAUCUUGCGCCGCACCGGGCCCUCCCUGAGUGAGAGGCCGACCUCGGACAGCGUGGCUCGCGUCCCUGAGAGGACUUUGUACCGGCAGAGCCUGCCACCCCUGGCCAAGCUGCGGCCCCCAAAUGACAAAGCCAUGAAGCGGAGGGAGCCAAAAAGGAAGUCCUUGACCUUCACUGGUGGGGCAAAAGGUCUCAUGGACAUCUUCAGUAAAAGUAAAGAGUCUGAGUUCAAGCAGAAGGUGCUCAACAACUGCAAAACGACAGCAGAAGAGCUGAAGAAACUGAUUCACCUCCAGGCAGAGAAACUGCAGUGCAUUGAGAAUCAGCUGGAGUCCAAUGAGGCAGAGAUCCAGUACUGGGAGCAGAAGUACAACUCCACUCUGGAGGAAGAAAUCCUCAAGCUAGAGCAGAAGAUCAAAAGAAACGAAGUAGAGAUCGAGGAGGAAGAGUUCUGGGAAAACGAGCUGCAAAUCGAGCAAGAGAACGAGAAGCAACUGAAGGAGCAGCUCCAGGAGAUGAGGCAGAGGAUCCUGGAAUGCGAGAGCAAGCUGAAGGACUACAUGUCCGAGAUCAACAAUAUGGAGAGUGGCCUCGAAGCGGAGAAGUUGCAUUGGGAAGUUCAAGAAUCCCAAGUGAAUGAAGAAGAGGUCAAAGAAAAGAUUGAGAAGGUGAAAGGUGAAAUUGAUAUUCAGGGCCAGCAAAGUUUACGGUUGGAAAACGGCAUCAAAGCUGUAGAAAGAUCUCUGGGACAAGCUACCAAACGGUUACAGGACAGGGAACUAGAACUGGAGCAACUGACAAAGGAGCUGCGACAGGUCAAUCUCCAACAGUUUAUCCAGCAAACAGGAACGAAGGUCACGGUGCUGCCUGCAGACCCUAUUGAGGUGGAGGCCCCACAUGUGGAGCUUGAGAGAGAGCCAACGUUUCAGUCUGGGUCAUUGAAGCGCCCUGGCUUGUUGAGGCAGCUCCCCAGUAACCUUAGGAUUCUGCAGAAUCCCUUGUCGUCUGGUUUUAACCCAGAGGGCAUUUACGUAUGACAGCAUAUACCUCUUCUGGAGAGGACCUGGCAAGGUACCCUGGACAAGAUACACUUUUGUUUUAUUCUACCAAUGAUGAAUGGAAGAAGCUUUUUUCUGCUAAGCCACCAUAUUUUUUUCUUCUUCCUCCAACACACCACUUGGAGCCAUACCCUGUGCACUGAUGCUAAAGAGACAGGAACUGUCUCAGUUCAUAAUUGGCAACGAUGAACUAGCUGUCACACAGCUAGAGUGCAAAAACCUUCAUUUGUUUUUGCUACUUCAGAAGUGUUUGGGAAAGUAUUAUUCCGUGUAUAGGCAUAAAUAAAAGACUGAGGGUGAAGGAAACCAUGUAUGCAACUGAUUCGAGGUUUAAUUUAUUCCAUUUAAUCAAUGGAUGUGUGAAUGUUGACCUUUUAUAUUUUGUUAUUUUUAACUUGUGAAUAAUCAUGUAUGGUUUUACUUCAGUCUGACAAGGUGACUUUAACUUGCAUGUACAAACAUCCACCAUCUGAACAGUACAACAACUUGCAAUGCAGAGAGUUGUGUUGAGUGCUGAACUUUUAAAAUGGUUUUUCACCACUGACUUUGUUAAUUUCUGUUGUGGGUUGUGUGUCCUGUUCCAUCCAUUGCUACCUUUUAAGGCUUGAAAAGUGAAUCUGUGGGAUUUACUUGCUGUUGAGUCUGCCUUGAAUGAAGCACCUAGUGUUCAAAAGACGUGUGGAAUUUAAACCUUGGCUUGGUAAGAAUAUUUCCAGCAUACGAUUGAGGAUGCACUAGUUAGAUGAUAUUUUAUUAUAUAGAAUGUAUAUUUGAAAUAUUUUGCCACAUUGUAUAUGCCUUUUGAGCAAAGAACAAGUAAGAAAUUGUCUUCAUUUAUCUCACCAAAAGAGAGUAGGAGGCUUUCAGUGUGUGUGAUUUUGUACUUUAUUUUUACCACUAGCCAUUACAGUGUUCUUGUUUUGCAAUAAAUCUUGCUGUUGGAGGAGAGAAAACAAAACAACACAAAUGAGCAUCCUUUUCCAGCUUACCAGAAUUCACUCAAGUUUUGUGGAGGGAAGAAAUCUGGCAGAGUCCUGUGAAGUGAAUAGCAGAGCUUCUACUGACUUGAGUAGGGCCAGGAUUUCAUUCCGGAUCCCCAGUGAUAAAUGGUAGGCUUUAGCCCCUUUGAAAGAUGUAUAGCUACUUAGUCAGUUAUAGAUCAUAAAGCUUACAAAAAGGAGAUUUGGAAAUCUGGAAUUUUUAUUUUAACAAUAAAAAAGUUAUAAUAUUAGUGACAUCUUGAUGCCACUAUAAUGCAAUCAAAGCUAAGCAAAGUUUUUGACAAAAUGGCUUCUGUGCAGAAAGAAAGAUACUACCAAGUAGCACAUUGGUUAUAGGCCUUGAUAUUGAUUGAUAGUGUGCACACCAAGUUUCCAGAGAGAGUUUCUGGCAUCAGUGGGACAUUUGAUAUACAUUAGGAGGCUACAGCCUUGUGGAUGAGUCAGAGAAUGGGUGGGCCUUACCUAGUUGCAUUUUGAUGUUGGAUUGCUAUUCUAGUAGGAACUCAAACUAUCAUCCACACAUUUGAGUUCACCUUGACAUGACAGGACUCACAGUACAUUCACUGCAGUAUUUAAUACUUAAGUCCCCAGCACAUAAAUGCAAAGGGUAACCCCAGAUUCCAGUGAGUGGCAAAAUGACAAAACUCCUGAUGCCUUUAGUAGGUGAGGAUUUUAUCACUGGUAGGAAACUCCCAGCUUUUUGCCAUAGAAAAUGCUGAAGAAUCUUUAACUCCUAGUAUCCUCUUGUGUCAAUUUACCGAUGUGCAGAUAAAUGUUAAUUUAAGUUUAAAACUUUAAACUUUAAAAAUGGAACUUUUUAAAAACAAAGAAACAAGAAAAUAAGGGACGUCAUAGUGACAGAAGCUUUAUAAGAUAUAGUAGAUGAAGGACUCCUGAGUGUUUAAUGCAUUUUUUCCUUUCCACUUAUUAAUGACAUCAUAUAUUCUAAAAAUGCUGCUGUAUUUAGACUAACAGCAACAGAUAAGGCUGUGAAUAUAUAAAGGACCUUUCCAAAUGGACUCUGAAUUUUUAAUGGUUAAAUUAUCAGGUCUUUUUUUUUCCUUGUGAGUAACUGGAAAAUUAGGUGUUCCUUCCCGAGUAAUCUUUGCAGUGCUCACAGAUUUUACUGUUAGUUUAUCACAAUUCUGUGCUCAUGUUUACUGUGCCCAUAACUUUGUAUUAAAAAGAGAAAGUGUGUAUAUAUAUAUAAAUAUAUAUAUUUAAAAAGUGUAAAAUAUGCAUAGUUUCAGGACGAUAUCUGUCCAAGGUACUUGAGCAUAUAUGCCUUACGUUCUGGGUUCAAUUUACAGAAA